AUGGAUAUCUACGCCUCCGCUUUAUCCCCGGCGCUGGACAUCGGCACCGGUUGUUACCUGCUGCUUUUAACUGUGCUCUCCAUCGUGGGAAACCUGCUCGUCCUCGUCAUGGCAUUCAAAAGGUCGUCGAGGAUGAAGCCACCUGAGCUGCUGAGUGUGAAUCUGGCUCUGACAGACCUGGGAGCAGCUGUCACCAUGUAUCCUCUGGCCAUCGCCUCGGCCUGGAACCACCACUGGGUCGGGGGAGAUGUCGCCUGCGUUUAUUACGGCCUGGCUGGGUUCUUCUUCGGCGUCGCCAGCAUCAUGAACCUCACCGUCUUGGCCAUCGUGCGCUUCGUCGUGUCCCUCAAUCUGCAGUCUCCCAAGGAGAAAAUCGGUUGGAGGAAGGUGAAGCUGCUGUGCGUGUGGACGUGGCUGUACGCUCUGGUCUGGGCUCUGUUCCCCAUCCUGGGCUGGGGUCGCUACGGGCCCGAGCCCUUCGGCCUGUCCUGCUCGCUGGCCUGGGGCCAGAUGAAGCACGAGGGCUUCUCUUUCGUCAUCUCCAUGUUCUCCUUCAACCUGGCCAUGCCUGCCGUCAUCAUCGUCAGCUGCUACUUCGGCAUCGCCAUCAAGCUCUACGUCACCUACAAGAAGUCCAUGAACCACAGCAAUCGAAUCCCCAAUAUCGUGAAGCUCCAUCGGAGGCUGUUAGUAAUUGCCGUUUUGAUCAGCAUGGGCUUCAUCGGUUGCUGGGCGCCCUACAGCCUGGUGAGCAUGUGGUCCAUUUUCCACGACAGCAGCACGAUCCCGCCCGAAGUCAGCCUUCUGCCGUGCAUGUUCGCGAAAAGCUCCACCGUGUACAAUCCCAUGAUCUACUACUUCUUCAGCCAGAGCUUCAAAAGCGAGGUGAAGCAGCUGCCGUGGCUUUGCCUGGGCGCCAACCCGUGCCACGUCCCCAACAGCGUCAACGACAACAGCAUUUACGUGGUCCGGGCCGACCUCAAGCCCAAAGUAGCCACGCGGCCGACCCUGCAGGAGAUCACAGAGCUCAAGACGGAGUCUCUGUGA